AUGGAAGCACAUCUCAAAAUCUUCAACCCUUCUCUUUUCACUCGCCAAUUAACCACCAAACCUACUUUUUCUUCUUACAAUUACCAUCAUCUCCCUCUUCGAAAACCACCCAGAAUCUCUUCAACUCUUAUUCGUUCUUCCCAUUCACCAAUUCCAGCAAACUCGGAUUCUCAUAAAUUCUUCUCUUCCCUUACAUCUUCUCAAAAUCUCAACUUUUCAACACCCAAUAAGAUUCUCAACAACCCCUUUAUCUCACAUUCUCAAUAUAGAAAUAUUGUUUGGAACCCAGCUUUUGAAAAUGGGAACGAGGGUUUUUACGGGAGUAACAAAAACCGUGUUGUUACGGUGGUUUUGUUGGGGUGGCUUGGAGCGAAAACCAGACAUCUCAGAAGAUACGCUGAGUGGUACAAUUCGCGUGGUGUCAAUGCGGUUACUUUCGUUGUUGAUGUAAAGGAGAUUCUUGGAUUUGACCUUGGGCAUGUGCUUGAGGAGAGAAUCUCUAUGUUUGCUGACCAAUUGGUUUCCUGGGUUUCUGCUGAGGAGAAGGAUGGGAGAGAGAGGUGUUUGGUUUUUCAUACUUUCAGUAACACUGGUUGGUUUGUGUAUGGUUCAAUUCUUGGUAGGUUUAUGGACAGUCAUCAUGUAAUGGAGAAGGUUAAAGGAAGCAUUGUUGAUUCUGGUGGUGCAGAGCCUUUUAAUCCUCAGGUCUGGGCUGCUGGUUUUGCUACCGCUAUAUUGAAGAAACGUAGCUCUUCAGCACAAGCUUUAGCCGACGUAGGAAGCAAGCCUAAAUCACAAGCAAAGAUUCAACAAAAUGAACCUUCCAUAACUGAAAUCGUAGUGUUCUCACUAUUAGAGAAGAUAUUCUCAUUUCUUUUGCAGUUGCCAGAGUCAAAUCAGAGGUUAAAUAAGGUUUUCACUCCCCUCUUAGAGCACCAGCCUUGCCCUCAACUCUACCUGUAUAGUACAGCCGACAAAGUAAUCCCGUUUCAAUUUAUAGAAGCCUUCAUCGAGGAACAGAGGAAGAUGGGAAAAAAUGUGAGAUCAUUUAACUUUGGUUCAUCUCCCCAUGUGGAUCAUUAUAGAAAUUUCCCCGACAUAUAUCUAUCGCAAGUUGCUGAAUUCUUGAACGAGUGUUUUGAUAAUACAGACAAACAGACAGCAGAUGCAUAUGUUAAGUUCCAGUCCAACAUCAAGGAUUAA